UUGUGUUGUUGUCAGUUUCACACAUGCAGUGACCAAGGCAUGUUCAAUUUUGCAUCACUCACAAACCUGCGCAACGUUGUCAAUUACUUUCUUGGCACAGCACACUCGCUUUGAUAAGCGACCGGAGGGAAGGGAGCACUACUGAGCGCCUGUAUGUCAACCUCCAACCUUCAUCGAUUUUUCCUUCUUUCUGCUAUUAAUCAUAUCAUCGCACCCGUCAUAUUUAGUUUAUCUUUAUGGAUGUCUCCGGUUCAGAUGACAUCUCGAUUUUGAAACGUUUUGAUCUUGACCUGUGACGCCUCAAUGCAUUGUCUACAAGAGUUGUUUUUUGAGGAUACCAACAAGAUUGUUUGUACAGACUGAAAAUCUGGCGUUUGAAAUGGACUUCCUAAACCCCUCUGUUCAUUAAAUCUGAUCUGUUGCUCCUUGUAUUUACGUUUCAGUCUUUUAAGAAUGGUCUUCACGUAUUGGUAAACUGCGAUAAAAUAGUCUGACAUAUGGUUUUGUUAUAGAAAUCUGCUCUCAGUGACUAUAUACGUGACAGUUGAAGGGAAAUUCAACGAAGCCUCCAAAACGCCAAGGUAUGUUCUUGUAAGAUCGUCUCUGCUAAAAAAAGGAGAAACAAACCUCUGUCUCUCAAACUUACCAGUUUUGAAGUCAUAUCAUCGUCCAUGAUCUGUGCAUCAGUGGAAGACAGCCUGUAAACCACGUCAUCACAAGAUACCAGUUACGCCAAAAUUAAUCAAAGGAACCGCCGCCAUCUUCGAGUUCAAUCUUUCAUCGAUGAAGUUGAAUUGAAAAAGAAGAAAUAAUUCACUUGAACUGCUUCAUGUCAUCGCUGGAUCCUCGAACCGUCCAGUAUUUAUUGUGGUAGUAGUGUGAAGAUCCAAUUUCUCCAUGAUUAAACUGACUCGACGUCAAAUUCAAGAACAUUUCUGUAAUAAGAAACGGUGAUUAACGGAGGCAUUUAGAGGACUGUGAGGAAAUCACUCCCCUCAGUGCCCGGAGUUUCUCCGCUCGGAGCCCGCCCCUCUCGCCGUCUCAAAUCACCAUCGACCCGGCCCGCUACAACCUCCCAGGUAUGCCUGACUCCAACCACCACACACCAAACGCUGCUGAGAGCGAGAAACUCGCCCUGAAUCAGAGCAGCGAAAAGAAGUCGAAGUACACGUACUCCACAUGGGGGAGAUUUAACAACAAGCGGGCGUGGAUGAUAUGCCUGGCGGGCUUCAUACUAGAUAUACCAUUCAUGGGGAUGGUUAUGAGCUUUGGUGAAUUACUACUGCCGUUGUUGGACACCUUUGGUGGUGGGACAGCUGCUAUCAGUUGGGUGGGUUCAAUAGCGUUCGGUAUGGCAUACGUGGGCAACCCAAUCUCGACACCCCUCUACAACCGCUUCGGGUGCCGCUGCGUCUCAAUGGCCGGGGUGUUCUUGGGUGCCACAGCUCUCUUCAUUUGCUCCUUCGUGACAGAGUUCUGGUGGAUGUUCGCCACCUACAGCCUCAUGUUCGGCUUCGCCACCAACCUGUGCUAUAACCCGCCGCUGAUCCUAACUGGGGCGUGGUUCCCGGUCAAGAACCACGUACUUGCAACAUGUGUGCUAGUCGCUGGAAUCCCGUUCGGUUCUUUAGUGAUGAAUCCGGUUUGUCAAAGCCUUGUGGAGACUAUCGGCCUACGAAACACAUACCGAACGUUAGCGGCGCUAUCACUAGUUAUUGGUAUCCCGUGUUGUCUAGUCUUUAAACAGCCGCCAAUGGACACGGAAGAUGAAGACACCAGGUCGCUAGAGGGCAGCAUUGAGAGCGCUGAAGUGGAAGGGGCGUGGCUCUCGGAGAUGAUAAAACAGGAGGAGUUACCGGAAGUAAGGAAACUGUUUGGUGUACGGACUUCCCUCUGGCUCGAUCCCAUUUAUAUACUCUAUAUGUUUGGGCAGCUCUUCAAAGGAAUUGGAUAUGUGUUCCCAUUUAUACAUUUGAUAAGUUUCAUGGACACGAUUGGCAUUGAACCAUCUUCUGGAUCUAUCAUCAUGACAGUGAAAGGAGCCGCCGAUAUGGUGGGCCGUUUCUCGGCAGGGUUCAUGGGAGAGAAGCUACCGUUCCCGCUCAUCCAUAUUUACGUUAUAUGUCCCGGAGUAAUGGCUAUCACUACGUAUCUCUGCACGUAUGCUAAAAGUUUUAUCGACAUGUUUUUCUACGCGUUGGCUAUAGGUUACUUCAACGGUGUAUUCAAUGCCCUUCUAUUUUCCACCACUACGUCCUUAUUUGACCGGGAGGCAGCGAAGGAGGCGUGGUCGUUCUGCCAGGUUCCCCCGGGUAUUGCUAUCAUCAUCGGGCCUGGAAUCGCUGGUUUUAUUUAUGACAUCAGUCGGUCCUACAUCGUCGACUUCUACGUCAACACAGCCGUCUUCGAAAUUGCCAUGGUAACCUUCCUCCUGGUACCCGCCAUUCAACUGUGCAGGCGAAUACGAGAGAAAAGAAAAGGCGGUUCGGACACCGAAAACAUUAUGGAAAUGGCGCGCUUUGAAAGAGAGCGGAAAAACAAUAUGGCGAAUGGGUAUCAAAGCAUGAAAUAAUGGUGGAGAAUUAGCCGUGUGUGAAUCAUCAUCGCGGUAGCGCCCUCUUUUGUUUUCAUUUCGCAAAGUGAUAAAAACGAAAUCGAGACUAGAGGAAACAAGUGUGUAAAAAUGUCCAUGC